AUUCCACGUGAACUGCAGGUUUCUGGCCAUACUGGAUCUUUCUGGUCUUGCAUUGCUCCUGGCUUCUUAGCCAGUAGAGGGGAAGCAGAGUUAAGCCAUGGCUGGCCGGCAUGCAGAGGAUGCUUGAGAGGAUGCUUGGAGGGUCCUGCACUGGGCUGCCAGGGUGCAGGAAGAUGAUGCUGAGGAAGAAAGUGGAAAUGGCAACCUGCAGGCAAAGGUUUCUGUGAGCCCGGGGGAAGAGAGAGCCUGCGUGCGGAUUGCCUCCUGCCUUGCCUUUUCUCCCAGCCGCUCAUGGUGAGCUCCCCUGUGCCAGAGGAGCGGAGGGCAGAGCUGCCACACUGAGCUGGGGCAGCGCAACUGGGGCCACAGGACACUUGACUGGUGGGACUGUGGUGGCUGGGGGUCCUUGCCACCCUGUGGCGGAGACAGCCAGCUCCUGCCAGGUAUAUGCCCGCGGGGGAGAGGACAACUCCAGCUGAACUGAUGCAUCUCGACACCUGAUACCAGGCUCAGCUUCUGACAUGAAGAAAGAUAUAGAGUCUUUAAUAGCCCAGGAAAAAGCGGAGAUCAUUGCCAAGUAUGAGAAGGGCAGGCAGGAAGGAGCUCAGAUUGACCCGUGGGAAGAUGCCGAUUUCACGCUGUAUAAAGUUACAGACCGGUUUGGAUUCCUGCACGAGCAGGAGCUGCCGACCCGCACGGCCGUGGAGGAGAAGCAAAAGCAGCAGGAAAUUGAACGCGUGGACAAGUGGCUAAAGAUGCUGAAGAAAUGGAGCAAAUACAGAAACAGUGACAAGAUGUGCCGGCGAGUGUACAAAGGGAUCCCACUUCAGGUGCGAGGCCAGGUCUGGUCGCUUCUGCUGGAUGUCGAGAAGAUGAAGGAGGAGAAUGAAGGAAAAUAUGAGCAAAUGAAAGAACAAGCAAAGAGCUUUUCAUCGGAAAUCAAGCAGAUAGAUUUGGACGUUAACCGCACCUUCCGAAACCACAUCAUGUUUCGGGAUCGCUACGGAGUGAAGCAACAGGCACUCUUCCAUGUCCUGUCAGCAUACUCGGUUUAUAACACCGAAGUGAGCUACUGCCAAGGCAUGAGCCAGAUCGCAGCCAUCCUCCUGAUGUACUUAAAUGAAGAGGAUGCAUUUUGGGCACUGGCGCAGCUGCUGACCAACCAGCGGCAUGCCAUGCAUGGUUUUUUCAUUCCUGGGUUCCCGAAGCUGCAGAGAUUUCAAGCUCACCACGAGCAGAUUCUAAGCAAACUCUUUCCCAAACUGAAGAAGCACAUGGACAAGGAGCAGAUGACUACGGGGAUUUACACAACCAAGUGGUUCCUGCAGUGUUUCAUUGACCGGACCCCCUUCACCCUCACCUUGCGGCUGUGGGAUAUCUACAUCCUAGAAGGAGAGCGGGUGCUGACGGCCAUGGCUUACACCAUCCUCAAACUGCACAAAAAGCGCUUGCUGAAGAUGACGCUGGAAGAUUUACGGGAAUUUCUGCAGGAGAAAAUUGCUGCUUCCCUGCAGUACGAGGACGAUGCUGUCAUCGAGCAACUGCAGGUGUCGAUGACCGAGCUGCGCAAGAUGAAAUUUGACCUCCCCCCGCCAGCAAAGCCUGAGGAGUUCCCACGGAAACCCCUGGGCCUGGAGCUCUCCCUCAACCCAGUAGCCGUGAAGGGCAAUGUGGCAGCCAACGGCCAGAAUGGCCAGGUGGGCGAGCACCCCCCGGACAGGGAGCCCCAUGCCCACAGAGGUCCCGGGGAGCUGGGAGGAACAACAGUGGUGGAGGCGAGGACUCCCACCCCCCAGGGUGGAGCAGCUGAAGCGAUGGACCUCCACCUGCAUCCUCCUGGUGGGGGGCCGCCAGGAGAGGAGGGUCAGGUGGAGCCCACCAAGGAUGGGCAGCUGCCGUUUCUUCCGAAGACAAGCAAAACGCAGGCCCAUCAUCACCUCCUGCCUCCGGAGCAGCCUCUUCUCGUUCCCAGCCAUGCCAUGGUGGAUCACGAGUCGGUCUCCCUCCCCGCCCCGGCCAAGCACGGCUCCUCGGACUCCUCUCUCCAAAACACGCCAAGUCCUCCUGACUCAAGCACCGCUGAGCUUUCUGCUACAGACCAUGCAGUAUGUCAGCCAAAUCCUGCUGCCCUGCCUGUGGGAGAACAAGCAGCAUCUCUCUGCGAAGAGAAAGCUCUCGAUGCACCCCCUCCUCCUCUGCCGGGCAGCUGGCAGCAGCUCUCCAGUGCAUCGCAGCAUGACGGCUCCCCCGAGAGCAAGCGGCGGGAGGACGUGGCCGAGGAACGCUGCAGAGCGGCGCUGCUCAACAAAAGGGACUUGAAGCGCUUGGCAUCCAAAGCUGCAUCCACGGGGGAGCUCGCCAGCCUGCAGCAGAACGGGCCAGGGAGCCCCACCGGCCCCGCGCAUUGGUCGGAGGGCUUGGGCUCGCUGCCCGCACCUGGGCUGGCCGGCGGCAGCGUGCCCAUCCUGUCCGGCAGGGAGUCGGAGGCAGCGGGGCUGGGCGAGGGCUGCCCCUCCCAGCCGUCGCCGUCCCCCGCCGCGGUGGAGGGGAACAGCCCCUACACCGUGAUCAAAACCACCACUCCCCUCCACCUGGCCCAUGCGACAGAGCAGGACUUCUCAAACAGAAAGCAGGUGGCAUUGCCUCUGCCGGAGACUGGACGUCCCCUGCCUGCCGCCUCCACGGCACCGCCUCUUGCGCUGGACCCAGAGGAGGUAGAUGCCCAAAAAAGUUUCCAGAAACCAUUAAAUGCACUGAAAGCCCCACGACCCCCCCUGAGCCCCAAACCAAAAUUACCACCACAGGUUGCCAAAUCCCGCUCGGAGAACAGUUUCCUUUCAGGCUCUCCUCCCCAGGCAAAGCUGCCCAAAUCGGUGACGUUUUAGUGGGGAUGGGGGGAGGCAAGGGAGAGGAAGCAGGUGCUGGAGCAGCACCCUCAUCCCAUUUUUUGGGACCUCCCCCUUCAGCAGGGCUGUGUCGAGGUGACAGCACAGCAGCCAUCGUCCAGCUGUGCUUUGGUACGAGCGCCCGGUGAGGUGACGGAGCAGUGACCGCCGGUGCCGGGAGGCACCAGCAAAUUGGGUUUGCAUCUUUCCUAUGGACGAAUUGGAAAUCGCUUUCGUUUUUGUGUUUCAUCGAAGCUCCCCGAGCCUCGUGGCGCAUCAGGGGAGAGGCGGCGCUGGUGAAAUGUGUUGCGUGUUUUCUUCAGCUCCUGCCGGCUGUGGAAGUGGGCGCAAGGCACGGGAAUCUGAAAUGCUUUCUUUAAAAUGCCCCAUCGGCGCAGCCAACAGCAUCGCUUUCAAAGGCCCUUUGUAGCAAUAGAUCUUUUAUUUCUUUUCCCAGCCCCGCGGUUGUAGGCAGCAGCAUUUCGAGGCGGUGCCGGGGGGCGCGGGCAGCCCGCCGCCAACUCUAUGCAAUUCCACAGAGCGGUGCCCGGCUCUCCCCAGCUCCCGCCCCAGCGGCGGAUGGUGUCCCGGAGAGGAGGUUUAACAGCGGGUGAGUCCCCAGGGAGGGGGGGUCUCCUUGGUGCGACCCCAGCGAACUGCCAGCAGGGUGGUUCUUUCCCAAGUUUUCAAGGUGACGAGGACAGGAAUGAAGGUUGAGACAGGUCGCUUGGGCUGAGGGGCCUUUCCGCUGGCCUUUCCCGCGGCAGGUUCAGGGCGGCAAGCAGGCUCGCCGCCUUUCCGUUGGCUGAACAGGAAAAGGGGCUGCUGCCCUGGCAGGCCUUCAGCUUUCACUAGCCAGCUGCUGGAGGUGGGAUGGCGUCUGAUCGUGAUGCUCAAGCUGAAGCCUGCUUUUAAGCAAGUGUCAGGGUGGAAACAGCGUAAGAGUUGGGGAAGGGGCGCACAUUGCCCGGAACCCGAUCUCAGCCUUUCUGGUUUAUCCCACCUAGAAAGCAACAACUAAGGACGGAAACCUGGGCAAAGGGGUUUGGAAGAUGAUGCUGUAGAGCAUCGACGUCACGACAGAGCACUGCUGAGGAGUGGGUGCCUGCUUGCCUUUCAGGCACCAAGUCUCGGUGGCCUGUCCAUCUCCUCCCCAUCCCAGGGUGUUGUUGCUGCACAGCCCAAACUGUUGGCUGGAGGUGCGCGGGGGCCCGGGGACAGCUCGUCCCAUUGAAAGAGCUGGUCCAGACUCCUGUUCCCAGUAUUUACUUCACCCCUACAGGUGAAGGGACUUCAUCAGGAAGGCAGAUAAAUGGAAGCAGCAGGAAAUAAACUAGUCCAGAUGUGCUGUAUUAGACUCUGCUGUCCAGAAGGGGUGGCUGCAGAUGCCACCUUAGGUAGGACCGCAGGUGGGAUGCCAUCCCUUCGAUGGAGACCCUGGGCAAAAAGCUCCUUUAAGUUCUAAGACGACUUUGAAAACUGCUUUUUAUCGCACAGGCUGCUUCAGUAACAUACCUAAGUCUGGAAGCCCAGCAGAAAACUUCCACUAAGUUACUUCAUGGGGUUUAUCAGGGAGGGUGUAUUUUUUUGUGUGCAUGUGGUGGUUUACGUGAGCAGCAGGGAGAGCGUUGAAGGGAGCACCCCCAUCGUCGGAUGUUGGCAGCCAGACCACAGCACCCUCGGCUUAUGUUGCAACCCCCGCUCGGUCGGAGACCCCCAUCUUCUGCUCAGUCUCCAACUUUCCCCGUCCUCUCUCCCUCUGCAAAGCAGGGAUAACCCUAUUAGCUACCUCGCAGGGGUGUUGUGAGGAGUCGAGAGUUGCUCUUUGAGAAGUGCUGGUUGAAUGUUCAGUAUUUGUGUUUUGAGACACCACAGGUCCUUUCUAGGACAACGGUGCUUGAAUUGGUUUUAAUUUAGAGUACUUUUUUUUCAGUAACCAUGCAGUAGUUAAACCUAUUUGUGUGUUAAAACACCUGGGAACUAUUUCAGGACAGGUAUCGAUCGCCUUUCACUAGCAGCCCUGGAGAUCGCUGGGAGGCAACGAGACACAUCUGAGGGCUGGUGGAUCAUCUCUUGGCUUGGUUGCUGUAGCCUGGGGGGGGGGGGGGGUCUGUCCUCCUCUUGAAGCACACAUAGGACUCCAGCUAACGCAUCUGAGCAUUCAGCUCAUGUGUGCAAGAGCUGAGACCUCUUCCCCCUCAUUUUGACCUUUUCUCCCCUCAUUUUGGGCGCACAGCCUUUGCACGUCACGUUGGAUGUGCCCAGGCUCCUCACCCAGCACGUGUCUGGGGUGUUUUGCAGUAUUCACAUUUUAAAAGGUGGUUUGCUCUAAUCUUGGAGAGCUGUCGAAUGCACAGUAGCCAUUGCGUGGUGCAUGGUGUUAUACAAGAAUGUGGGGGGCUUCCUCCCCUCCAAGCCCUAAUGGGAAUGAGCAGCAAGGUCCUCGGUCAUCUCCAAGCCUGGGGGAAGCCACCAGCUGGUGUCGGUAACCUUUGGACCAGGCAGACGCAGGCUCCCCCCAUCCCACCAGUGUGCUUCUCGCUGGGAAGGCCUCUGACCUCCUCACUGUGCCACCUAAGCAGCUCUUCUCCAACCUGCAGCCCCUGAAAGCUGGCAGAUUUGGGAAGAGUUCCUGGGGCAAAGUAGCUCCCAUCCGAGCUGGCUGGGAGCUGGUGACAUGCAGUGUUUUCCUUGGAGGGAUGCUCUCGCUUCAGCACAUCAAAGCAUAGCCUACCAGAGACGACGAGCCUCUCUCCUCUGCCUCUUGCCGCAGGUGAAGGUGCGGCCAUGGCGGGUCUGUGGCAGCAGGGGCGGGCAGGACACGGACCAGCCUCAGCUUUUUCUCUGGGGACAGCAAGGGAAGGAGAAGGGUGAGGGUGGCAGCUCAGCAGGACAAACAAAUGGCCCAAGCCACCUGCGCCCCUGCCCCAGCCUUCUACAAGGGCCUCAGCCCUGUAGCAAAAGCCACUCUUGCCACGAGCAAACUCAGGAAAGCAGCUCCCCCUGUCCUUGCCCUCGCAGCCCCGGGAUGGCUCCCGCCUCGCUGCCCCCCACGUAGCAUCGAUGUGGGGCUGGGGGGGGGUGGUGGGGGGAGUUGGUUUGUAUUUGAGCACUUUGCGUGGCAGCAGGAGCCACGGGGACCGGCUGCAGCGUGGGACGGCCAGCAAGGUCAGGGUCUCUCGGCCGUGCCCUUUGAGAGCCUGGCUACCAUCUGCUUUUCUUUUUAAUUGCUAUUCUUGUUUACAGCGUGGAACGCUUCCUCCAUGACUCUUUCUAAUGUAUUAUAAUUAUUACUUUAAAAAAAAAAAAAAACAAAAACAUUUUUAUGUCUGUGCUU